ACUCUAUCGACAAUUCAAUUCUAACGUUUAGUUUGUGGAGAAGAUAUGAAAUUUUUAUUCGUAUAUAAUAAGGCAUGGAAUCCCCCCCACAAAUUUGAGAUAUUGACAGGGUCCAUUACCUUUGUAUCCCAAAAUGCCUCAUCCCCUUCCACAUUUCCACCAUGAUCAAAUCGCCAAAGUAGGAUUCACAGUUAUUCGUGGAUUCUUAACCAAAGAAGAAAUUUCUCACUACAGGAAAGCUGCUGAGGAAGUAGUCGAGUAUGCCAGAGAAGGCAAAUGGCCACAUGUCAGAACAAGAGGAAAGCAGUUCCCUCCAUGGCCGGUCAAUUUUAGCCCUGAUAUCUGGGGUAUUUCUGGUCUUCUUCAUCCUGAUUUGGGCAAGCUCUCACUUCCUUUCCAUGAUUGUUACGCCUCUGACAAAAUUUUGGAUGUUGCUGGAGACAUUCUUCAAACUGAUAAAAAUGGAAUUUCCAUGGAGCUCUUCAAUAUGUUAAUUAAUCCUUUGACAGACUUUGGAUUGGACUGGCAUAGAGAUUACAUUAAACCAGAAGCCACUCCAGAAGAAGAAGCUGAGCAACUUUUGUUAAAUCCAUACGCAGGAUGUCAAUUCAAUUUGGCUUUGACCGAUGAAUCAUGUCUCAUUGUAGUUCCCGAUUCCCAUAAUAGGGUCAGAACUGAAGAAGAACGUGUGAAAACUACCAAUGAAAACAGAAAGGAAUAUAUUAAUGGCCAGAUCACUGUGGAUUUAAAGGCAGGAGAUAUUGUUUUUUAUAAUGCUAACAUAUUACACAGGGCGGAGUACACAUCAAAGAGUGUGAGACUUACUUUACAUGGCUCGUAUGGACAUGUAGAACAUGGGCAAACCAGAGCAAAGGGCGUACUACAAUUUGGAGUUGCUGAUUGGCUUCCUAGAUUCCAUCCAACAAACCCCAACUUAAUUCUUUUGAGAUCUAAGUUGGAGAAAUUAGCCAAGGAGUAUGAAGGACAGGACCUCGGGUACUCAUUGGAUGGUUAAAAUUAGUUUAUAGCCGAG